GCCAACGUCGCUGAUUGGCCAAAUGUGCACGCGAAAAACGCGCUGAUUGGUGGAGAUCCCGCAACGGAUCAGGUGGGUCUGGGGGCCAGAAUUGCUUUGCGCCUCCGACGACAAGAUGGCGCAAUGGUCCAAGCUUGCCGCGGCCUCGCGCGUGCUCCGCCGGAGCACGACCAUGAAGGCGCCGCUCCUCCGCACCUUUAGCUCGGCGCCGCACCCGUCCGAGUCGUUCAUCAAUGGCACCAACAACGUCUACGUCGAAGAGAUGUACCGGUCGUGGACCAAGGACCCGUCGAGCGUGCACAAGAGCUGGGAUGUCUACUUUCGCCAGGUAGACCAAGGCGCCGUGCCCGGCGAAGCCUUUAUCCCGCCGCCGACGGUCCAGGCCGGCGUGACGCCGGUCGUGCGCGGCGCCGCCGCUACGAACCCGCUUGGCAUCAACCACGCGCUUGGCUUGAGCUACUUGAUCCGCGCGUACCAGAGCCGCGGUCAUGAGAUGGCCAACUUGGACCCGCUUGGCCUCCAGGAGCGCCCGGUGCUGCCGGAGCUCGACAUCAAGAUGUACGGCUUUACGGAGGCGGACCUUGACAAGACGAUCGACAUCCCCAAGAACUUUGCGUCGGGUGUCACGGGCUUUCUAGAAGAGCUCUCGGAGGGCAAGAACCCGACGCUUGGCCAGAUCGUGCAGCGCCUCAAGGAAACGUACUGCAGCUCGAUCGGCGUGCAAUACAUGCACAUUCCGGACCGCGAAAAGUGCAACUGGAUCCGCACGCACGUCGAGCACCUCGUGAAGAAGGAAGAGUCGAAGGAGAAGAAGAUGCACAUCCUCGAGCGUCUCGCCUUCUCGGUCAACUUUGAAAAGUUCCUUGGCAACAAGUACAACACGACCAAGCGCUUUGGUCUCGACGGUGGCGAGUCGCUCAUCCCGGGUCUCAAGUACAUGAUUGACCGUGCGACCGAAAUGGGCAUGGAGCACGUCGUGGUCGGCAUGCCGCAUCGUGGCCGCCUCAACGUGCUUGCCAACGUGAUUCGCAAGCCGAUCCAGCAGAUCUUCAAGGAGUUCCAGGGCACCCACUUCGACUUGGACAAGUACGUCAACGACGUCGACGACUGGAGCAACUCGGGCGACGUCAAGUACCAUCUUGGCACGUCGUUUGACCGCACGUACCCGGACGGCCGCAAGGUCCACCUGAGCCUCGUCGCCAACCCGUCGCACCUCGAGGCGGUCAACCCCGUCGUCGAAGGCAAGGUCCGCGCCAAGCAGUACUACCUCGGCAACGACGACGAAGCCGAGAAGAAGGUGCUGCCGCUCCUUCUCCACGGUGACGCUGCCUUCAGCGGCCAGGGCGUCGUGUACGAAACUAUGCACCUCUCGGAGCUCGAAAACUACGACACGGGUGGUACCAUCCACGUCGUCGUCAACAACCAGAUUGGGUUUACGACGGACCCGAAGAACUCGCGCUCGUCGCAGUACUGCUCGGACGUCGGCAAGGCCAUGAACGUGCCGAUCUUCCACGUCAACGGCGACGACCCGGUCGCCGUCGUCAAGGUGUUUGAGCUCGCGGCCGAGUGGCGCCAGACGUGGCGCUCGGACGUCAUUAUCAACCUCACGUGCUACCGCAAGUUUGGCCACAACGAGAUUGACAACCCGUUCUUCACGCAGCCGCUCAUGUACAAGAAGAUCGGCACGAUGCCCAACGUGCUCGACACGUACGCGCAGCAGCUCGUGGCGUCGGGCGUCGCGACCAUGGCCGAGACGGACGCGGUCAUUGCCAAGGUGUGGGACUUUUUUGGCCGCACGUUUGAGGAGAGCAAGAACUGGGAAGACUCGAAGAAGUCGGACUGGCUCGCGAACCGCUGGGAGUCGUUCAAGAGCCCGACGCAGCAGUCGCGCAUCCGCCCGACCGGCGUCGAGAUCGACACGCUCAAGAAGAUUGGCGACAAGCUCACGACGGUCCCCGACGGCUUUGAGCUCAACUCGCAGCUCAAGCGGAUCAUUGCGACCAAGCGGUCGUCGAUCGAGACCGGCGAAGGCCUCGACUGGAGCUCGGGCGAGGCGCUCGCGUGGGGCUCGCUCCUCCUCGAGGGCAACCACGUGCGCAUCUCUGGUCAGGACGUGGAGCGUGGUACGUUCUCGCACCGCCAUGCGGUCCUCCACGACCAGAAGACCAACACCGAGUACGUGCCGCUCAACACGCUUGCGCCGACGCUCAACCCGUCGGCGCCGCUCGUCAACACGGGCGGCAACUCGCAGGCGCCGUUCGUUGCGAGUAACUCGUCGCUCUCGGAGUUUGGUGUCCUCGGCUUUGAGCUCGGCUACUCGCUCGAGAACCCGAACGCGCUCGUCAUGUGGGAAGCCCAGUUUGGCGACUUUGUCAACGGCGCGCAGAUCAUCAUCGAUCAGUUUUUGAGCGCUGGCGAAGACAAGUGGAUGCGCCAGUCGGGCCUCGUGAUGCUCUUGCCGCACGGCUAUGAGGGCCAGGGCGCCGAACACUCGUCAUGCCGCAUCGAGCGCUUCCUCCAGCAGACGGACGACGACCCGAACGUCGUGCCGCCGAUGGACGAAGACCACCGCAUGCAGAUCCAGCAGACCAACUGGCAGAUUGUCUACUGCUCGACGCCGGCCCAGUACUUCCACGUGCUCCGCCGCCAGCUGCACCGGGAGUUCCGCAAGCCGCUCAUCUCGGUCCAGCCCAAGUCGCUUCUGCGGUUGAAGCAGGCGUCGUCGUCGCUCGCGGAAAUGGGCCCGGGCACCAAGUUCCACCGCGUCCUCGGCGACGAUACGGCGCUCGUCGCCAACGACAAGGUCAAGCGCGUGCUCUUUUGCUCGGGCAAGAUCUACUACGACCUCGCCGCCGAGCGCGAGGCCAACAAGAUUGACGACAUUGCGAUCGUCCGCGUCGAGCAGAUCGCGCCCUUCCCGUUUGACAAGGUCGCCGAGUACGCGGCCAAGUACCCGAACGCCGACGUCAAGUGGGUCCAAGAAGAGCCCGAAAACAUGGGCUUUUGGACGUAUGUGAGCCCGCGCUUCGAGACGGCGCUCAAGACGAUCAACCAGGACACGCGCCGUCCGUCGUACAUUGGCCGUGUCGCGUCGGCGGCCCCCGCGACGGGCUACCACGCGGUUCACAACCUCGAGCAGACGCGCAUUAUCGGCAAGGCGCUCGGCUUGCCGACCAAGUAAAGCUGGAGGAUGCUGCCGUCAACACCCUUCCAUUGCAAUACAAAACCACUCUUUUUACACGCCACCAGACAAUGUUGUCCAGUGUAUCGAUACGACAUGAUCAACAUCGUCGUUGGGUCUACAUGCGACAUGACAACUUGAAUAUACGACUUAGGCGUGGAGGUGGUGGAGCCAUG